AUGGUGACUUAUUAGAUGUUGAAUAUGCAGUAUACUGUAAUUGUGCCUACACCUAUAAAUCAUUUGCAAAUUUUUUUGUUACAGAAACCUUACGAAAAUAUCCAGUGGUAUUAUGGUUAAGUAGAAAAGCGACCGACAAUUACACGUUUUCAAAUACAAAAGUCACCAUUCCAAAGGGUCAACUUGUAGCUUUGCCUGUUUAUGCUAUCCAGCGCGAUCCGGAUAUUUUUCCAGAACCAGACGUAUUUGAUCCCAAUAGAUUCCUUAAUGAAAAUGAAAAGAACCGACAUCCAAUGUUAUUUAUGCCAUUCGGAGACGGGCCUAGAAAUUGCAUCGGUGCAAGAUUUGCCAAAAUUCAAUCAAAAAUAGCGAUGAUCAAAGUUUUAUCCAGUUUUAAACUUGAAAUAUGCGACAAGACUGUUAAAGCAUACGAAAUGGACAAAAAGCCGUUAUUCCUUUUACAACCAGUACACCCGAUAUAUCUGAAAAUAACAAAGGCUUAAAUAUAUCAACAUAAAAAAAAGAAAUUAGUCGUGGAGAUUAUAGAAAAUUUUCUGCGUACCUUCGUGUCAAGAGGAUUAUAGCCAAACCCUGGGUGUGUCAAGAAUCAAACGAGAAGGAAUGGCCUUAAAUAAAAAAACGGUUGAAGCAAACUGUCGAGAGUUUAUUAUUAUUAUUUGAUGAUUUCGUCAAUUAUUUACAAAUAAAACAGAAUAUUGUUAUAAUUAGAGGAGUAUGGAGUACGAUGGACAGUCUAAGUGUCCUAAAAAUUAAUUGCUUUUCUGAAAAAUGAUUAUAACUAUUUUAAUUCUUACAGAAGGUAAUUAACGUCUUGCUACAAGAAUUUUACGUGCAAUUAUGUACAUAAAAAAUUG